AGCUUUUUAGAUGUGCAUAAUCCCGGAGUUGACCCAGAAAAUAGGCAGUCGCUUCAAGAUCUGACGCUUCAGUCUUUGUGCGCACCUCACCCGGCAAUGACGCGCGGCCCCGCGGACUCCACGCACUGAGCGCCCCCCUUUCUACCUCCCUCCUGUCCCUCCCUCUCCUUCCUCACCGCAGCGGACCACCGGACCGGACCAAGCCUUGAGCGGAGUAACUUUUCCUUUUUUUUUUUUUUUCUCCUCCCCCCCCCACCCCCCAGCUUCCUUCGGUGGAGCUGAACACGGAGGCAUGGCAGACCACCUCAUGAUGCCCAUGAAUCACGGUUCGGCCGGCGCCAGUCUCCACGGUUACCGAAUGGGCAUGAACGGCCUGCAGGCGGGCCACCCGCCGCACGGCCAGCAGACGUCGGCCAUGCGGGCCAUGCCCGGCGGCCAGAUGAUGCACUACGGAGGCGCCCAGGCCGGCAUGGAGAUGCGUCAACGGCAGGGCAUGGUGCCCCCCGGCGGGCCCAUGAGCGGACAGAUGAACGGCGCCCAAAUGGGGCACCACCACCAGAUGAUGUACAACGGGCAGCAGCAUCACAUGCACCAGGCCCAACAACAACAACAGCAGCAGCACCAGGUCCAGCAACAACAGCAACACCAAGCCCAACAGAGCCAGUUCAUGAAUGGAGGCCUAACAUCUCAGCAGCUCAUGGCCAGCAUGCAGCUCCAAAAACUCAACACGCAGUAUCACGGACACCCGCUGGGUCCCAUGGGUGGCGGCGUAGGGGGCCACAUGGGCGGCCCCGCCAAUCAGUACCGCAUGAACCCGGCCCAGCUGGCCAACAUGCAGCACAUGGCGGGCCCGGCGCUGGCGCUGAAUGGCAUGGACGCGGACAUGAUCGACGAGGAGGCGCUCACCUCGCUGGUCAUGGAGCUGGGUCUGGACCGGGUCCAGGAGCUGCCCGAACUCUUCCUGGGCCAGAACGAGUUUGACUUCAUCUCAGACUUUGUGAGCAAACAGCAGCCCAGCACGGUUAGCUGCUGAGAGGACCCGCCCCACCCCCCACACCUACCCCCUGCCCUUCCCCAAACGACCCAACUAGCCUGGACCAAUGGGACAAAUACAUGGACGGUGUGCUCAUCUCUUUUUUUAGGACCACCGAUCCAAGGAGUCACGGCGCCGGGUGCGCAGAAGGAGAACUCUGGCGGUCCUCGUGGUCUACAGGGUGGGAGGGCUCGCCCGACCUUCGGAAGUCUCGUCUCACUUCCCCACUUCCUGGACAUGAAUGUUUAAAAAAAAAAAAAAAAAAAAAAAAAAAAAAAAUCACGAAGCCACUCUGAACAAUAACACUGUGUUUCCUCCAAGGUGUAUUUAUUUAUAAUCGGACAAAGAGAACUACCACUUCCCGGGGCAAGUGAUUUUUCAUGAUUUUACGUUAAUUAUUACGGUCCCCCCCAUCAUCCUCCAUCUUGGUAUUAAAAAUAAGCUCAGAAGUUCCAAAAAGGAGCCUUAAUUUGACAAGGCAUUGUCCACUUUUUGAAAGAGUUUGAAUUCCUUUUUUUUUUUUUUCUUUUUUUAGAUGUGCUGUUCUCAAAAAUCAACUGCUUGUACUGUAUGAAGCUGUAUAACUCUGACAUGUCCACACUGUUUUGUGUUCUCAUGGAGACGUAGAACCGCCUUAAUCACGCAGAUUCUUAUUUAUUAUUAUUGGUUGUUUAUAGUCCCUUUUUUGGUGGAUGAGAUUUUGAAAGGAGGGAGGGAAGGUCUUUGUGAAAGGUUUUGAGGAUCAAUAAAGAUGGCCUGGAUAGAAGUGUGGCCUGCUUUUCCAUUCAUUGCAUAGCCUCUCACUCCCCCACCAAGCAACCACCCGCUGUCGCCCUCCCCCGGGCCCGAGCUAAAUGCUGAGGUUUAACCUGUGGGUGAAGAGACGCGUCGCUUUCUUCUGCCAUGGAAACGUGAUACAAUAUUUAUGUUUGAGGUGUGCGCUUAAAGUUAUGCAAUUGUUUGACAUGGCUGAGAAAAGGCCACUAGGAGAUGAGUGUUGUAUUCUUACUGGCGUGGCUUUUGUUUUGUUUGUUUACAGUUUUUCAUAUAUCCAAUUAAACUGAUAACGAUAAUGGGUCAGAA